CAUUGGGAUUCACUCACAAAUAAAGGAAAGUUUCUCUCACUUUUUCUACACCCUUCACUCUCGCGUGUCCUUCUUUCUUUCUCCGUCUCUCUGCUUCCCUUCACUUCUUCGGCAACAAUGUCAUCGUCGCAAUCCAGAAGAGGCGGAGUGUCCCUCCCUGAGAGGCCAGGAGGCCGCGACGACUCCCUCAUCGUGAAGAUCUCCCGCUCCCCCAUCGUUGCCCGCGGAAAACAGGCCGCUGGAGACGCCGCCUUCGUGGCCAAGAAGCUCCUCCGCAGCACCGGAAAAGCCGCAUGGAUCGCCGGCACAACGUUCCUCAUCCUCGUCGUCCCUCUCAUCAUCGAAAUGGAUCGCGAACAGCAGUUCAACGAGAUCGAGCUCCAGCAGGCCAGCAUCCUUGGUACUCCCGCCUCCAUUGGUCCUCCUAAGUGAAGAAUCAGGAACUGCUCUCUCAUUCCUUCGGUUCGGUUUUUCUGUUAUUGGAUUUUUCGACGUUUGGAGAGCAUCACUGUUGGUUGAUUGAAUGAGCGAGUGGUAGCUAGGGUUUUAGGGUUUUGUUGCUUUUAGAUUCAAUAAUUCGUACCUUUUUAGUAGAGAACUCUUUUUGUUACUUACACUGAUAAGUCAUCAUGUUUUUAUUAUUGUUGCUGGAUGCUGAAUUUAAUUUGCUGUUAAGGUUUGAGCUGUGAUGGAUUUUUAUAGUGAAGUCCCUUAGGGCAUUCAUCAAGGUUUUUUUUUUUUUUUUUUUAAUUGAAAUGAUAAAAUGUUUAAACUAGGAGUUGAUUGCAUAGAAUCUUUUUAUCACUUUCAUCUAGGUUAUUUAUUUAUUUAAUUUAAUUUAAUGGUUUUUUUUAGGACUUUGAUUGGCAUAUUCCAAAUGAAUUGCAGCAUUUGAUCAAUAUUAUGUUAAGUGUAGAUACUAGAUACAAAUAGUUUCCAAAUCAAAUUGGACUGCUUAAGUGGUUAACUCAUUUAUCUGCAUUAACAAGCAUUAACAAGUGAUACGGUGGGAAACUCUUAAAUAAAAUUUGGAUCCAUAAUAGAGUAGUCUUUGGUUUGGAGAGAUACGGUGGGAAACCCGCAAUCUGGAUGUAGAUAUAACAGAUUUCUUAUGAUAAUGGUAGUACUAGAUGUUUAAUUUACCCGUGUAGGUCGAGCUAUGAUUAUCGUAAUGCUUAUUCUUGAAAAUGAAAGCGAAUUUGGGGGAUUGUCGGGGUCUCGUGUUAUUGUUGGAAUUUCUAUGGUUGAGAGAUGAGUCUGUAAGUUGAUGUUGCUAAUCAUAGUCUUAAACUGCCAUUGCGAUUUUGCUGCAUUAAGUGGUGCAGGGGAAAUCAUGUGUUGCUGAUGCAGCUUGCAGUGUUAUGUUGGGAACAAACACAAUCAAGAUGGGACUUCAGAGUUGAGGUUAGGGCGGUUUAGUGGUGAAAGAGACUCAACGAAACUCAUCCAAACAUUAAUUUGAAUGAGUACAAUUGUACAAACCACCAUGUUGAUGAUGGGCAUCCGUUAUUCACAACAUGAGAAACAAAAGUUUAAUCAACUUUGGACAUCCAACUCAAAACACAUCAACCAUGAAGCAGCAAUAACUUUAAACCUUUAAUGUCUGAACUAUAUAGCCUUUUAUAUUUUAAGCUAAAAUGUUAGAAACUAACUCUAUAUUGACAUGUAAGAUAUAUAGAAAAUAAUGUAUGUAUUCAUUCUGUCUCA